CAUAACCUAACCCUAACCUAACUUAAUUAUUUUUUAACCAUGGUCCGUGGAGUUAGCUAGUGUCUUUUUUAUUUAAUUUUUUUUAAACUCGGGGAAUAUUUUAUUAUUUCCUUUUAUUUUUGAGAUAAGUAAGUAUAUUAUUUUCUAUAAAAAACAUGUCUUCGCGUGGCGGUAAAAGGGGUGGCUGGCAGAGACGCGGAAGAAGGGGCGGUAAAAAUUUUCACAAUUCCAACAACUUUCGUGAUCGAAAAUUCGAAAAACGAGAAUACAUACAUAAGGACCAAUUAACCGAAGACGAAGUGGGUAUUAGCCACUACAUAAGCAAACUAGAUGGAUAUCCUGCAGUAAUUAAGGCUAGAUUUUCCGAUUUUCAAGUUAACGAAAUCGAUAUGGAGGGUAGAUUGGUUAAGUUGAGCGAUGCAGUUGUGCCAGAACAGUUUCUUCGUGCAGCCCCAAAAGAAAGUUACCAAAAUACUGAAGAGUCUCCUCUGGAUAAAAUACCUCAAAAUAUUUGGGAAGAUUUAAAAAAAUUGGUUACAACAGAGGAUGGUGUGCCAGUCGAAUUAGAUGCAGGUGCGUUAAGCAAGGAAGAUAGAAAAGCGAUUCAUUUGUGUGUUAAAAGCUAUUUUGGACCUGCAGUGGUUGCUUCAACAGUUACAGCGGAUGAAAAAACUAAUAUGGUUUUCAAGAAACCAGACUCAAAAGCCAAAGAUAAUCGCACUCCAUGGCCAGAAGACACUCCAGAAUUUGUUCACUUUAUUCUCUACAAAGAAAUGAUAGACACCAUGGCUACAUGUAUGAAGUUAUCUCAAUCUCUAGGAAUACCUGCUGCGAAAAUUUCUUAUGCUGGCGUCAAAGAUAAACGAGCAAAAACCACCCAAUGGCUGUGCAUAAAAAAAUACCAACCUGCCAAAUUAUUGGCCAAAGUUAGAAAAAUUCGAAAUAUGAGAGUGGGAAAGUUUGAAUUUAAAGAAGAAUGUCUGAAAAUAGGGGAUUUGAAGGGAAACAGGUUCAGGAUUGCUUUAAGAAAUGUUAAGGCUGAUGACACUAUAAUAAACGAGUCUUUGCAACACCUCAAGGAUAAUGGUUUUAUCAACUACUAUGGAUUGCAAAGGUUUGGUAAUGAUAAAGAAGUUCCUACAUUUUCUGUUGGAGUUAAAUUAUUGCAAGGAAAAUGGGAAGAGGCUGUAAAGUUGAUAUUGAAAUUGAAAGCAGGCGACGAUCCAACAUUGCCAGUAAAUCAAGCAAAAAAAGUAUAUGCCGAAACUGGAGAUGCCGAAACGGCUAUAAAAUGCUGUGAAGAAGAUUCAAGUAGCAUAGAGAUGAAAUUACUUGAAGGCUUAGUUAAACAGCAUGCCAAUAAUUAUGUAGAUGCCUUGGAAAAUGUCCCAAGAAAUAUGCGACUGAUGUACAUUCACGCCUUUCAAAGUCUGAUUUGGAACAGAAUGGUAUCAAAACGUAUUAAAGAGUUUGGGUUUAAGCCUGUAGAAGGUGAUUUGAUAUUUGUCGAUAACACCCUAGAAGACCCAGUAUUUGAAGUUGAAGGAGACCAUGAAGCUGAAACAAGUGAAGAUGAGAAAGAAAACUCUAGACCAGAAGUGCGUCCAUUAAAAGCUGAUGAACUAGAAAAAUACACAAUAUUUGACAUUGUCUUGCCUUUGCCAGGUUUCGAUGUUACUUAUCCAGAAAACCUAAAAGAAUUUUAUAAAGAAGCCGUUGAAGAAUUCAGUUUGACUUUGGAAAUGCCCAAACAAAAAGUUAGGACUUAUACUCUAAGUGGUACAUACAGAAAAAUGAUCCAACAAGCUAAGGAUUUGGAAUGGAAAAUUAUGUACUACAAUGAUCCUACUGACAAUUUGAUUCGCUCUGAUUUAGAGGAAGUUAAAGGUCAAAAAGAGCCAGAAAGUGUUGAGAACGGAACAUUCAAAGGUAUUGUGGUUGCGUUUACUCUAACCCCUUCUUCAUAUGCCACAAUGGUUUUAAGAGAAUUUUUAAAGUGCAACACAUCUAGCAGUGCUCAGGCAUGUUUGAAUAAUUAUGGUGAAAAGAAAGAAGUUCUGAUUUCUGUAGAAGAAAAUGUGAAAAAUGACAUUGAAAUAGCUGAGGUGCAUAAGAGCUUACUUUCCGAUGCAGCAAAAUAUGAGAGUUUCAAAAAUAAUCUUUUCAAAGAUGUAUUGGGCGAGGACAAUUCCGAAAGCUCCACCAAUAGCAAUAAUAAAAGAGACUUGGAAGGAGAUGAGGAAGCUGUUGACAGCAAGAAAACUAAAAUUGACACAGAAAUUUAAUACCUAAAUGUUUCGUUUUUUUUUAAUGAUUGAAAGUAUUUUUAUAAUUUUGUUAAAAUGGUAAUAAAUGCUUAUGUUUGAAUUGUUUAGUAUAAAUGGC